CCGUAGGCUCAGCAUUACGAUUUACGCCACACCUCCCUCUAGAUUUUGUUAGGAUGCUUCCUUCACGGCCACCUCCGCCACGGCGCCACCUCCACCGUCGAAAGUUACUUUCUCGGCAGUUUGGCUCCCCGCACUGUGGACAGCGGUUCUGCAAUCGCCGACGGUUACUCGACGGUUUCUUCCCAAAGAUUUCAAAUUUCUUUCGUCAACAGUUAGUUACUGCUCCCGCCAGUCCACUGCUUCAAGUAAGCGAACCAUUAUAAUGUCACGACCAGAAUUCCCACCGAAUAUCAAAGAGGAAGAGAUAUGCCACUCCAAUCCAUUCUCUUCUUCCUUCCGGUGCUUCAAUUGCUCUCCGCACAACCAUACCCGGCUUUCCCAGGGCAGGGAAGUUGGACAGCAAGAACAGCCCCAAGGCGGCUCUCGAAACCUCUAAUCGGAGACGACGGAACGAUCUAUACCUGUUCCCAGAGGUUCCUCUUGGCAUUCCAGAGCAAUGGGUCACUCGCCUGGACUUUACAUUUGGCUUACGAAUGCAAUCUCCGCAUGGCCCCUGUCCAUGGCGGACCAGGACUGGCAAGCCCUAAUUUUACUCCUUUUAUGUUCUUGGUUGCAGAUGAUAGAGUUCUCAAGAUCAAUGUCAAGCACAUUGGGACUUCUGUGCCCGCCGAGGAAGUCUUCUUUGGGCAGAAGGGUGGGGGUGAGAUCAUCGGCGUUGCAGUCAGCACGCUGAGUUCCACCGUGUUCAUCAAUGUCGAGAACCGAGGUUUGUUUGCCUGCGACAUGAAUGGGAAGCUGGUGUGGAGUGCUGGACCGCUGCUUUCUCAGUCCGGCUACCGUUUGGGAUGCAGGCGUGGAAUCAAGGACUGUUAUUUUGCUUCAGUACCUGUGAUUGACCAAUGUGAAGCUAGCUUGUUUAUUUCAAAUACUAAAGGGGAAGUUUAUUCCUUGUCUCUUCGCGAUCCACGCUUCAACUGGGUCCAGGAUCUUAGCUUCCUCGAUACAGUUUUCACCAUCACGCCUGGCAACAAUGGACGUUUGUAUGUCACUGUACCUGCCAAGGCGCUUGUUUUGGCUCUGGAUGUUUACAUGGGCAGUAUCCUUUGGAAGCAAGGCAUUGGACCUCUGCCUACUGAAGAUACUACACCUGUUGUAGAUUCAAAUGGAUGGAUAUCGCUUGGUUCGCUGGAUGGAUUCCUGUACUCAAUCUCACCAGCUGGUGUCGUGAAGAAAUUCAUGAAGGCAUCCAAAUCUAGUUCAGUUAUACAAGUCAGCCCAGUUGUUGAUUGCUCUGGGUAUGGAGUUUACAUAUCUCAGACGCAUAUGGAGGGGAAAGUUGAUCGUGUAAUUGGUGAAUACAAUUAUGUAUCAGCAAUAAGGCCUACUGGUGUGACCUUCACCCUGUUGGUUCCUGCAACUGGGACUGUAUAUUGGUCAGAAAGCUAUCCUGGUAGGCAUCGAUCUUUUAAAAAAAAUAUUUCUGCUGUUAACGUGCAUUUGAUCUUCCCAUGGUUGCUUUUCCUAGAGUUCUAGGGUCCUUCUCACCUUGUUGAGUUUCAGGAGAGUUACCAACUCCAUUUUCCCAAAGCGAUCUGAAUCGUUUUGUAGUUGAUGAGGGUGUUAUGCUUGCCUUCAUUGCUGCUUCAAAGUCUGGGAGUAAGCUUCCUUGCCGUACCAAAUGUAGCUCCUCUUUCUAAAAACUUCGUCCAAGUUUGCAUCUUUUCUACUAGCAUAAACUAUUCUAAUUGUUUUUCUAUUUCUGUCAAUAUAUUUUUGGAUUGCCCGCUAGUUGAGAAGCUUGUGUCCACCUGCUCACAAGCAAACCCCAAGCAUAUAGUUGACUACCCUGGUAACAGAAGAACCCUGCUGUUAUUUCUGUUGUUUGAGACCAUUGUCCUGCUAAUUCUUGCUGGACUGGUGAGAUUCUGUUGCAUCUUCUGGAACAAAGAGAAGCUUCAGGGCCAAGGCUUGGGAAGCUUCCUUGGUAAAAGGAGGUCUCUUCAACGGAGGAAGAAAGCAUUGGAGAGGACAAUCACUGAGCUUCAGGGAAGAGCUGCUGCUGCAGAAGAAGUAACUGGCCACCAAACCAUUGAAGAGAUAGGCAACCUCUUGAGGAAGCGGGGCAAGCUGGAGAGAAAGCUCUCAACAACUUACAGCUUGGGGAGAGACGAGAGUGGAAGAAUUGCCACAAGCAGUCCCGGAACUCUGCUUCCAACGUAUAAUAAUGGCGCAGGAAGAAGUUACUCGUUUCAGAGUGCAAAGAAAGAGAAUGUCACUAUCUUUGAUGCUGCUGGGUCCCAUGACACUUCAUCAUCGUCUUCUGCAGAAGCAGAGAGAAGCAGCAGUGAGGGAGAAGAGGAAGAUUCCAGCUGGACUACCGAAGAAGAGCAACACUACUGCCAGGAGACAUCUGCCAUUAAAGAGAAAGGAAAAGGCAUAGCAGACUCAGAAGCAGCAGAAAGUUCGAGUGACGAUGGAGUGGAAGUGAUGGGGAAGUAUCAGAGGUGGUUGUCAGAGCCUGGAUCAGGCUCAACACAAGGAAGUGGCACGAAAAGCAUGUCGCUGAAGAGAAGAAAGACACCGUCCUCAUUUAGUUAAAUUUUGUACAAAAACAAAAGAUAGCUGAUAAGAGUAGGAUUCUGAUUCAAUCAUUAUGUUAAAUUAGGGAAAUUAGUGUAACUGGAGUUGGGAAAUGUGCUCAUAAUUUAUGAGUUAGUAAAUUCUGCAUGAUUUGACUCACAGAAAAGCAAGAAUUGUAUGUAUCCGAGGGUGAACUACAUUGUGCUUAAAUCGCGGUUCAAUAGUUUCA